AUUAAAAGUGAAAGAAAACGUCUGGGUUGGAGACCAGUUCAGGGAAAUCAAUGCACGAAUAAUUAGGCUCAGAUUUAAAAACUGCGGGUGAUGAGCACAGCGGGAAAGGACAAAUGAAAACAUAAUAAUUUAGAAUAAAAGAAAAAAAAUCACCUAGUAAAUAAAUAUCUGGAAAAAUGGGAGUGAAAUAUUUUUUCCUGCCGGGUGAGGUGUCUGUGGAGAGAGGGGCUGGUGUUUAGCCGAAGCUUUGAAAAUGUGAUUGCAUUUUUUGACAGGACUGUGCGGGAACAGCUGUUGUUAUGACCUCCCUUCAGUCAUGUUAGCCCCUGAUGUGAUGGCGAGGAAACCCCGUUAGGCAGGCGCUCUUCAUGACGGCAAAGCUUUGUACGCAGCUGACACGCGACGUAAUGUGGGUAUCCAGCAACCUCUGGCAGAUUCUACACUGCAAUAGGGGACCGGGAGACGCUUAAAGCCCAGGCGCAUUCCAGGAUUUCUAUGAUGUCUGCUCAUGCAGUUGACAUGGAUGAUGAAGAUGGACGAUGUCUGCUAGAUGUAAUUUGUGACCCCCAGGCUCUCAAUGACUUCUUGCACGGUUCAGACCAGCUUGAUGGCGAAGAUCUCCUCGACACAACCACAGACCCGGCCAGUGCUUUCUUCACUGAUGCAUCUCUCAAUGUCCAGGAUGCGACAGUGAACCACCUGAACAGCGGGCACACGCAGGGCUCCUCCAGCGCAGUUGACCUCGACUUCCUGGAAGAUGAGAUCCUGGGGCCGCCGUCCGGCUCGAACCUGCAGAACUCUGAGCAGCCCUGCGACAUCCUGCAGCAGAGCCUUCAGGAGGCCAACAUCACGGAGCAGUCGCUGGAGGAGGAUGCCGACCUGGACAUCGCCUCGUUGCACUUCCCCUCGCUGCAGCCGGCGUCCCAGUCGGCCGAUGGCGGCCAGCUCUUCCCCGCCGGCGCCGACCUGAUCGGCCUGCCACAGCAGCCAGCCCCUCCACCUCCCGUCUUGGCCCAGCAGGCCCUCAUCCAGCCGCAAGCCCUGGGAGGCCAGGUGGUGAACAAGGCCAUCAGCCUGCAGCCCUUCCUUCAGCAGGUGGGGCUGGGCAACGUGACGCUACAGCCGCUGCCCAACGGGAGCCCCUCGGGGGCUCUGGGCAUCAGCCAGAUCCAGGUGGUGGGCCAGCUGUCCAGUCAGCCGCUGAUGGCUAUCAACCAGCCCGGGCAGCAGGUCAUCGCCAAGGCCGGUCAGCCCGCGCAGGUGGGCGGUGUGCCGGGGGUCAGCUACAUCUCUUCACCCGCCCCCGAGUCUCAGCCGCCACCUCAGCCAGGAGUGGCCCUCCCCUCAUCUGGAGUAUCCCCACCCAGCGCCGGCCUGGUCCUGCAGAAGGCCUCGGGCCCAGCCACCCUCAACGGCAACUCGCUGUUUGCCGGGGCCUCCGGCGGGGUGACCAGACCCAGCCCCAGCCCGGCCGUGAUGCAGGCCCAGAGUGUGGUGGUCCAGCGCACCCCCACCCCCAUCCAGCCCAAGCCCAGCACGGGCCUGGUACAGCACAAGCUCUUCCAGAUCAGCUCAAAGCCCUUCACCGUGCAGGCCGAGGCUCCCCCCUCGCUGCAGCAGCAGCAGCAGUCGCACCAGCCCCCACAGCAGCCCCCACCGCCACCCAAGGCCCAGCAGAACCUGACCUUCAUGGCAAGCAAGCCAGCCCAGAGCGUGGUCUUCUCGGCUUCAGGGGCAGCCUUCCCCCAAACCAUCCCCUCGACCGUCUUCAAGCCCCAGCAGACCGCCCAGCCUGCCGCCUUCGGCAAGCCCCUCAGCCUGCACGUGCAGGGGGGCAGCAUCGUCAUCCAGCCCCAGCAGGUUCAGCAGGCCAUGCUGCAGGGCCAGAGCCAGUUCCUGCUGCAGGGGCAGCUACCUUCCGGCCACAGCCUGUCCCUGCCCCAGUCCCUGCCUGCCCUGCAGCCUAGUGUGGGGGGCCAGCUGCUGGGUGCCCAGCCCUCUGCCACCCACAUCAUCGCCAACCAGACCCUGCCGGCCCACAUCCUGAGUGGGCAGGGCCUGGCAGGCCAGCUGAGCCUGGGCCAGGUCAUCGCUGCCCAGGGAGCCCACGGGGCCACCCACAUUCUCUCCGCCCCCAUCCAUCUGCAGCCCAGCCCAGUGGGGCAGCCAGCCCUCUUCCAGAUGCCUGUGUCACUCGGGUCACAGAGCCAGGCCUCGGCACCCGCCGUCAUCCAGGGCGUGACCCUGCCGGGGCAAGCAGGGGCAGCUGCGUCGGCCGUGCUGGGCCCAGGGGAGGCACCUGUCUCGGCCGGCGCUGCCCAGCAGGGUCCCGGUGGCCUGGUUGCUCUGGGCAACGGGCAGACCUCACUGCUGGCGGUGCAGGCUGCCUCUGCCCCCACUCCCCCUUCGCACAUCCAGACACUCUCGCAGGCCGGCAGCAGCAACUCGAUUGCCCUCCCUGUCCCAGCCGGGAAGGUCGUCAUCACCCAGCAAGGCUCGGGGCCUGCUGUCGGACAGGACAACGCCCAGGUCUUCUUCCAGCAGCAGGAAGAGAAGCAACAGCAGCUUUACCAGGCAGCCCUCAAACUUCAGCAGGAGCGAGGCUUGAACCAGCCGCCACCCCACAGCUUAGCGCCAACCGUCACCACCAGCAGUGUGCCAGCCUCCGUGAUUGUCAGCAGUAGCGUGGGGCUGGCGGCCGCCGGAACCCCAGACUCCAAGGGACAAACGGUGCUGCCCGCUUUGGCGGGCUCUCACUUCCAGCAGACUCUGGCUGGUCAGCAGAUGGCUGCUGGGCAGCAGAAGACGGCGAUGGCCCAGGGCACACCCACCUCGCAAUCGCCUGUGCCUCAGGCCCCACAGAACGACGCCCAGGUCCACAUCCAGCUGCCGUCCCCCCACCAGUCCCGCCCACCCUCCCAGCCACAGCCUCUGUCCCGGCCCCCGUCGCGGCCCCAGAGCCGCCCUCCUUCCCAGCCCCAGGUGCUAUCCCGCCCCCCUUCCGAGCCUCUGUCCCGAUCCUGCACCCCUUCCCAGCAGCCCCUCUACAUCAUCCAGACCCAGUUGCAGGGCUCCCCCCACGGGAGCUCCCAGCCGCCCCACCCCAUGAGACCCCCGUCCCAGCCGCCCCUGCAGGCGCCGUUCCAGGGCGGCGGGCCCCCCCACCCGGCCGAGCCACAGUUGACCCCACCAGCUCCCGCGCCCCAGCAACAGCAGCAGCCCGGUGGCCAAGGCCAGACCCCAGCUGAGGCCCAGACCCCGCCCCGCCUCCUGCCCCCCUCGCAGAGUCCGGGUGACCCCCAGCCCCCACCCCUGCAGCUACAGCUCCACUGCCAACCCCACCCUCAGGGCCCUCUGCAGCCUGUCUACCAGACCCUCACCCUGACAGCAGAACAGCAGCAACGGUUCCAGAUGGUGACCAACCAACUUCAGAACAUGUCCGCCAUCCCCAACCCCACCCAGCAGCACAAGUCGUUCAUGGAGAAGCUUCAGCAGAUGCAGCACAACAUAAUCCUUCAAGCCAAGCCCUCGAGCAGCAGCCAAGGCGUAACAGGUGUCAGCCAGCUCAGCAGCCAAGUGCAGUCGCCCAGCCUGCAGACGCAGGCGCACACCAACUCGUCUGGGCUGAAGCCACAGCCUACCGGAGGAGGCCCGGCAGCUCUGGCCACACUCCUGCAGCAGACGUCUGUCCUCGUGAAGGCAUCUUCAGCAGGCACCACAGCCACGACACGAUCUCCGGACAGCAAGGUCAUCUCAGGGGCUGCGUCUGGAGCCCCAUGCCUCCUUCAGCAAGGAGCAACAGUCCCCCUGCAGAUGAAGCCUCUCACGACGCACCAGGUUCAGCCCUCGCUACAGACGAAACCUGGAGUGAUCAGUUCAAUCUCGGGUCUGAACAUGAACUUGUCCAAAGGGCCGAUCCAAAUCCAGCUCCUCGGGAAAGGGUUGACGCAGCUGGUGCCUGCCGCUUCCGUUCCUGCUCAUCAGAUGGACAGUAAAUUGGGAGGAUUGAAGACAGCAACGUCUCUUCAGACGGCAAAGGAAUCUGUGCUCCUAGACCGACUGCGAAUGGAUCAGGACACGGUUCUCCAGCCGGACUACAAGUCCCCCUUCCGAUCUUACCAGGACAUGGUCCACAGGCUUCUGCCAUACCACCUGUACCAGGGAACGUUACCCUCUGUGGAAGAACACAGGAAAGUGGACGAGGAGUUUGAGGCGGUCUCAACCCAGUUAUUGAAAAGAACCCAGGCGAUGCUACACAAAUACAGGAUGCUGCUCUUCGAGGAGGCCAGGAGGCUGAGUCCCUCGGCGGAGAUGGUAAUGAUUGACAGGAUGUUCAUCCAGGAAGAGAAAACAUCCCUCUCCACGGAUAAGCAGUUGGCGAAGGAGAAACCUGAUGAAUACGUGGCCUCAUCGUCCAGAUCGCACAAUCUUACUACCUCUUCAUCUCCGCCCCUCUGCACCACGACAGCCUCGCUGGAAGCCCCCCGGCUUCCGUCUGUGCAGAGCGCGACGCCCCUGCACCCCACCAAGCUGGUGAUCAAGCACGCGGGGGGCUCUCCCUCGGUAUCGUGGGCACGGGUCCCACCCCCCCAGGAUGGAGACGACGACACCCUGCGAGCUCGCAGCCGGCCGCCCCCCAUCAAGACCUAUGAGGCCAGGAGCCGCAUCGGCCUGAAGCUGAAGAUUAAGCAGGAGGCCGGGCUGAGCAAGGUGGUGCACAACACGGCACUGGACCCCGUGCACCAGCCCGCCAGCUCCGUCACUCCUGGGGCCGAAUGUCCGGCGGCCACGGCGCGCCAGAUGAACGGGAGCCUGGAGCACUCCUCCCCGUCACCCACCUCGGCCAACCUCUGCAAGCUGCCGCCCAGGAGGAGCCCUCGGGAAGGCGGAACGCCUCUCCCCUCUGACCGGACUGCGGCAGACCCCUCACCACCGCCGCCGGUAGCACCCCCGAAGCCGGAGGACAGCAGGAGGGAGGGACCGCCCAGGGGAGAGGCGCCAGCCAGGAGUGUGAUCGCCAGCUGUAAGCCCAGGACUGCCCGGGGGAGCAGGCCGGAGACGGACAGCAGGAAGUCUCGGACACACACACAUCCUCCCCCGCCCGCUGUGGCUUCUGCCGGUGCCCAGCCGGAGGAGCUCCCCGGGGGGAAGGCAGCAGACGGCAUGGACGGGCUGGCCGGCGUCGAGGGAGAGCUGGUACGUGGCAUUCUGAAAGCGGAGCCCCCCGACGGCUCCUGGGAGCUCGCCCUCCCACCCCCCAAGAGGACCAAGUCAGAGUCGUUAGACAUGGACAACGCCAGCUUCUCCAGCGACAGCCCUCAGGACGACACCCUGACCGAACACUUGCAGAGUGCCAUCGACAGCAUCCUGAACCUACGGCAGCCACAGUCGUCUCUCGCUCAGAACCCCGUCUCGUCUCCCUACCACUCCUCGGAGAUCAACUCCUCGCCCUUCUCUCCCGCCCCGCACCCCGACAGCUACCUUGCCCCCAAUCGCAACGGAGGCCUCGGAGCGAGGACUUACACCAGAUGACUCCGGCCAGCAAUCCCUUCCGUUGCU